CAACAAGAGACACAGAUGACACAGUGUAACACAAUGAAUCAUUACAUCCUAGUUGUUCACCAAUGUUAAACAAAGAUGAGAUGAUCACUGUGCACUUUCGCUUGUUGGAAAGCUUCCAAUAUAUUUAGGAUUGGUUUGCAACAGCACUUGGCGGGGAGAAUGGCUAGAACGGUAGCGGAGAUGAUAGGAGAUAUGGAUACAGUGAGACACGCGCUGAUAAAGCGCAGAUGUCAUGCGGUCGCGUUUCGUGUGUCGCCGAUCUCCGUGUGUUUGGAAGUGCUAACUAACGGAAGGGGUUGCCAACGGCAUUGUCUCCUUUGUGAAGCUUGGUGAAGCUAAAACAAGUAAUAAAAUAGUCAUGGAGAAUUACACAUCGGACUCCAGCGACUCGGAUUCUACCUUAAGAACGUUGGAUCUGUCCUAUUUGGCACUGGACAACGAAGUAUUAGAUAAGCAAUUCCUCAAUACCAAAAGUCCAGAACAAGUGGAUACCUUAUUGUUGAGUCAGAAUCUUCUCACAACUGUACCUGCCAGUAUCAGUAGAUUUAUCAAUCUGAAUUUCCUCGAUGUCUCGAACUGUGGCCUCACCAGCUUAUCAGAUUUUUGGACGGAUUGUCCUUUGACCUGUUUGAUUGCGAAACAUAAUAAUCUGACCAAUGAUGGAUUGGCGAAAGAUUUUGAAAAUCUCGUUAAUUUAAGAGAACUCAAUCUAAGUGGUAAUAGACUCACGGAAUUUCCUAAUCAGAUUUUUGAUCUACCUGGAUUAAAAUAUCUUUAUUUGGGUGGCAAUCGUAUCAGCGAAAUUACCAAGGACAUCUGGAAGUUGCAAAGAUUGCGAGUUUUGUCGAUGGGAAACAACAGAUUGACAGAGGUACCGUCCACCCUUGGUCAACUGAAGACCCUACAGGCCCUUGUACUUUGUGACAACAUGCUAGAGAGUCUACCAAGCUCGAUAGCCAAUUUAACGAACUUGAAGACUCUGUCGCUUCACAAAAACAGACUACGGACAUUGCCUACUGAGAUAAUAACGUUAAAAUGUCUCACAGAGUUGUCUUUACGAGAUAAUCCGUUGGUGGUGAGAUUCGUAUCUGAUAUGACACAUAAUCCACCAUCGUUGUUGGAGCUAGCAGCGCGCAUCAUCAAGUCCAGUGAUAUUCGCUACGAUAAUGAAAGUAUACCGCACAACUUAGUACAGUACCUCAAUAGUGCCCACAGUUGUGUCAAUCCUAAAUGCAAAGGUGUUUUCUUUAAUAAUCGCGUGGAGCACAUUAAAUUCGUCGAUUUCUGCGGCAAAUAUCGCUUACCACUGUUGCAAUACUUAUGUAGCAGCAAGUGCAUCGAGCCACGUGACAACAAGGAACCCGUCAGCGGUGCCAUGAUUAGAAAAGUUCUUCUUGGCUAGUGAGAUUUUAAAAAUAUAUUUCUGUAAUAGGAGAUACUGAAGAUCUUGAAAAUUAUUUCACUACAAUUGUUUCCACUUCAGGAGAGAUAUUUUCCAUUUUCUAUAAGAAUUUGCUCUUGAUCAAUGCUACAAAGUUUAAAAAUAUAUAUGUUUAUAUGGAAAUAAUUAUAUAUGAGAAUA